GAGAAGAUAAUAAAAAUAAAUUUAGUCCAGAAUUUAUUGCAAAAUCAAUUGCGUAAAAUUAAAUAAUUCUUGACUCUUUUGUUGUUUAUGAUAAAUUUGAUGGAUUGAAAUAAAUUACAAGCGCAGCAGGUGGACAAUGUUUUUGCCCAAAAACUAUCUAAGAAGGUUUAAAAUUAUUUGAGUAUGAAACUAUAUUAUCUGCUAAAAUAAGAAAGCCCUAAGAACCCUUAACUAAUUCUAAGAUUGAAGCUAUUUUCAAAUAAGGUCCAAAAACCAUUAAAUUUGAUGUUUAACCUAGAGAAUACGAAUUACCUAUAGAAUUAAAAAAAUAAUCUGUUAAUCCUUAAUAAUUAGUCAGAAGAAUUAGUUCUGAUUCCUAAUAACUAAAUUUAAUUGCUCCAAAUAUUUAUUUAAAAAGAGUGAU